AUGGAUUCUCCUAAAACCACCACCGCAACAACCACCAUCUCCGCCACCACCGCUGUCAGUUUAUCAGAUUCUCCUCCAGUUCAAUGGAAGGGCUUAAAAUUAGGGAUGCAUUUUUUUUUUUAUGCCGGUGGAGAUAUGUGAAAUUGCUUCUAUUUAGUAAUUGAUGAUCAAAGUUGAAGAUAUUUGGUUCAUAGGGAUUGUAGACUUUGCGAUCAGAUUUUGCUGUUGUUGUAGGAAUAGGUUUUGAAGUGACAAUGGUGGUGUUAUUGGCUUUCUGAUGGAGGGAUGUAUUGAAUAUUUUGGUUUUGCAAACAUGUCUUUGUUUCUCUAUAGCAUUUAGUUUUGUUCAAGUACAAAGAGUUGUAUCGGACCUGCCUGUACGUGGAUUAUGGUUUUUUUUAUGUAUUAUGUGUUAAAUGAAGACCCAUCAAAGAGAAAAAUGCUGUGGAGGCUGUUAUGAUUACUUAUUUUUAUUAUUUUUUCUGUGUGGUGUUGUGGAUGAAUUGAAAUUAUCUUUUGGAAUUACAGUUGGUGGAGAGUGUAAGAUUUUGAUUUUCUCUUGUUCUGUUUCUGGCUUUCUACACUUCAACUUGUGGGAAUCCCCGUUUUCUAAUUACAUAAGCAGGCUAUCCCCUAUUAAGCCUGUCAAAGAUUCGCAUGUAGCACAAGGACUCCUAGGAAUCAAUUCUCCUCCACUUGUCUUCACGUCACCACGGAUGUUAUCAGACCGCCAAACAAAUUUCCUGCGAAGGUUUCAAUGUCCUCAGAUAUCUGGGGCAGAGAUAUCCAAGAAUGAUGGUGGAAGCAAGAAAUCUGCUGAUGGUCCAGAGGACCUGAGGAAAUCUAGCACCUAUUUGAAUAGCAGGCUGAUUGUUGAUGUCCAGAAGAGCAAUAAUAUCAACAACAACUCUGAACAAGACCAACCUGGCAGCUUCUCAGGGUGCGUUGAUGAGUACUUAUCUGAUCCCGUGGAUGUAGAUUGUGCAGACUCAGUUAAUUUGGUAAGCCAAAUUGUGAAAAGAUCUGACGAUGCACAUCAGUCAUCAGAAAGUAAUUUAACCAACUCGAAAAUAGCUAUACUAGAAUCAGAUGGCAUAAUUGAUACGGAGACAAAAGGGGAAGCGUCUCAGGCCAUGCCUGAGCAAGAUGGAGAGGAUCCUAAGGAGCAGUCAACAACUGAAACCAAGAAGGAAAAAAUUGAAGAGGAAGGAAACAUUGUUGAACAACCAUCUCAUGUCUGCCCAAAUUUUGUGUCUGACUUGCUUGUGGAUCAUGCUUCCAGGCAACAACAAUGUGACACUUUAGGGGCUCAGGCUGCUCCUCCACAUGAAGAUUAUGGUGAGGAUGGGGUAACUGUCUUGCAUGGACCUGUUCAACUCAUAACACACCAUGGUUCAGAGGUCAGUCAGCUCCAACGUGGCAUGAGUAGACGCUGCCUUCAGUUUGAAGAAGCUCAACAGAAAACACCUAUGGAUGGCACAUAUUCUCUUGAUUCAGCAAUCACUAUAAUUGGUUCAAUAUCAUCUUCUUCCAAUACAGAAUUGGAGAUUUUGGAUUCAUCUCAGGUGGAGUUACCCAGCUCUUCCAGCAAGAAGCAAACGAUGUUUGUGUCCAAGCCAUCCGGUUUUGGCUUGCAUCUCAAUAGCAUUGUCAACACUUUGCCAAUAGGAUGCAGUGCAUCAGAACCUAUCAUGAGCCACCAUUCAGCUGGGUACAGAAUUAGUUGCUCCAAACUACCCAAUUUAGUUGAAAGAGUCUCUUCAACUGCAGAAGAUGAAGUGCUCUCACUUGCCACAGGAUCUGCCAUUUCCGAGUCUCUUCGCCCCAAGGAAACUUUAAAUAAGUUGCAGCCACCUGAGCAUCAGGUAACCCCACACAAUAAGAGGAGAUUUAGCUCAGAGCAUGCUGACAAUUUUGAGUUCAACCAAUCAAGCCCCAAGAAGAAAAGGAAGAAAGUAUCAAGCACUGAUGGUGAUGGUUGCAAACGUUGUAACUGUAAGAAGACAAGAUGCUUGAAACGAUAUUGUGAUUGUUUUGCGGCCGGAAUCUAUUGUGCCGAAACUUGUGCUUGCCAUGGGUGCUUGAACAGGCCUGAAUACGAGGAUACUGUUCUUGAAGCACGGCAACAAAAAGAAUCGCAUAAUCCACUUGCUUUUGCUCCGAAGAUUGUACAGCACGUGACUGAGUUUCAUGCAAUCAAUGUGGAAGAUGCAGGCCUGUUUACGCCGUCCUCAGGUAGGCAUAAGACAGGAUGCAAUUGCAAAAGGUCAAUGUGUGUGAAAAAAUAUUGUGAAUGCUAUCAGGCUAAUGUUGGAUGCUCCAAUGCUUGUCGAUGUGAAGGGUGCAAAAAUAUCCAUGGUAGGAAAGAAGAAUAUGGUAUGACAGAAGAAAUAGUAAGUAAUAGAGCUAAUGAAGAAAGGGUAGAAAGUAUGGCUGAUAACAAAUUCAAAAUGAUUGCAAACAAUAAAUUUUUACAUGCCGAGCUAUAUGAUCUGCGCAGCCUCACACCACCAACACCGUCAUUCGAAUACUCAAGCCAUGGAAAGGAGGCAGCAAAAUCCCGACUCCUUCCGGGUAGGUAUGUUCUAUCGUCCGAGCCUGAUUUUUCCAUGCUGCCAUCUUAUGCAAAAUCCACAAGUUCUCCUAGCAAUUUACAUGCCAAUGACAAGCUUCGCAAAACUAGUAAAGCCCUCGACGUAGUUUCCCACGGCCAGGAACUGGAUUAUAACAUCACUGAGACAAUGGGACAAUUCUCACCACUAUUUGAUGAACUAGCCGAUUUUUCUGAUCAUACUCCAUUGCCAAAUCCUUACCCCAUCAUGAUGGCUUCGUCUUCAUCUAAAACGCGGGACACGGCAAUUAAUUCACAGCUUCGUCUGUAUCAUGGAAAUGGUCGUCUCUCAUCUGCUGGUUCUCUUCAAUGGCGGAGUUCACCAAUUACGCCAAUAACUCGGUUAGUUGAGACCAAAACUCAAGCACUUGACUCCGGUUGUGGGCUUUAUGACAUUUUGAAAGAUGACACACCCGAAAUAUUUAAGGAAUCUCCUACCCCUCUCACAUCUGUUAAAGCAAGUUCUCCUCAUAAAAAGCGAGUUUCUCCUCCUCGUGAUCACAUCCAUGAGUUUCAAUCGAGCUCGUCAGCAAGCUUGAAAAGUGGGCGCAAGUUCGUAUUGAAGUCUGUGCCUUCUUUCCCUCCCCUCACUCCCUGUAUCGAUCCCAAAGAUCGCACCCAACAGAAAUACUAGAAAAAUAGAUAUUUGUUAGUGAUGUUGGAUAUACUUCAUUCAAGGAAAGUACAUAUAUAGCUAUGAUCAGGUUCCGACAUGGACCUCAUAUGGUUCUUAAUUGAUAAGUUAGAUACUUGAUUGUCACAAUCUUUCUUAAGUAGGUGUGUCGAGUGACCACAGAUUCAGGGUAUACGUGAACUCAUGCAAGAGAUGUAGUCAGGCAUGAUCAUCAUAUUCAAUCUUUUAUGUUUGCUCCUUUUUCCAAUUUCAAUUCAUAUCUUUCUGUUUUGCAAUUGGAUGUUUCUACUGUUGAUUUGAUUUCAUUCAUGGCUGGUGGAAGGAACUGAAGGCUGAUCUUGUUUGUUAAAGAAUGUGGAGGAGGGUAGAAAGUUGUUGGAAGAGGGAGGAUAAUUAUUUUCCCCCUUUUCCGUUGCGAUCAAUUACGCCUUUCUGUCCUUUUCUUCUUCCCUCUUUACCUUCCUUUUAGGCUUGUAGUAUGUCAUGCAGCUCGGGUGGGAAUCAUCCUCUUUGCAUGGGACAGGUUGACUCAUUAGCCCUGAUGCAUGUAUAUAAAGGCCUCCUUUUCUCUUAGUAAU